AUUGUGCAACUGCACAAACUCUUUCCUACAAAUUUGCCUAAGACAUUCUUAAUGGAAAGACAAAAGUGAACUUUAUUCGAAUACUGCAUAAAAAGGACUGUGUGAAUAUUCUAUGAUUAGCUAGUUCAAGAGUGAGACAGUCAUGUCACAGCAGGGAAGUGAAAGAGAACCAAAGCCUGAAAAACUUAUUGACACCAUCAGGUGUAAGAUGGCAAAGAAUGAACAGUUCUUUUCCUUGGAGUUUUAUCCACCCAAGACUUUCAAUGGAGCAACAAACCUCAUGGCAAUACUUGGAAGAUUACAUGAACACUGUACACCUCUGUUUUGUGACAUCACUUGGAAACCAUCUCAAGAACCAAUGUCAGAUAAGUGUCAGUCAGAGCCUAGCUCAUUGUUAGUUUCUGCAGCAAUGAUCGACUUGUAUGGACAGAAUAUCAUGAUUCACAUCCCAUCCAGAAACACAACAAGAAGUCAAGUGUUGGAGCAUCUUACUCGAGCUAAGAAUCUUGGUAUUGGAAGUGUUCUCGCAGUGAGAGGAGGUACUGCUUGGCCCUUUCACUUCCAAGAUCUCUUAUUAAUUCUCUUUGCUGUAGGAUAUUUGAUGGCCUCCCCUGACGUUAAUAGUUAUGAAGAGGACUUGAAGCAUCUUAAAGCUGAGGUUGAUGCCGGUGCAGACCUUAUCAUUACACAGAUGUUCUUUGAAGUUAAAACUUUCUUAAAGUUUGUAGACGAUUGCCAGAGAAACAGAAUUAAUGUACCCAUUAUACCAGCUCUUUUUCCAAUUCAGAACUUUAACUCAUUGCGGCAACUGAAACGGCUAUCCCGCGUAGAGAUACCACAGUGGCUGUUGGACAAACUGGCUCCAAUAAAAGAAGACACCACUGCAGUCAUGAAUUAUGGCAUUAAAUAUUCCACAGAAAUGUGUAAACAGCUGUUUGGAAGCGGUCACGUCCAUGGCGUCCAUUUCUAUACGCUAAACAGGGAGACUUCCAUCACAGAAAUUCUGGAAAAGAUUGGAAUGUCCUACAAAGAGGACGAAUUGGAUUCCGCUUCCAUGCGGAGACUUCCUUGGAUGCCAGGCCCUGCCCAAGCAAGAAGGGGGCAAAUGGAGCUAGUGCGUCCGAUUUUUUGGACCUCAAGACCUCGCAGUUACAUGAUCCGUACGUCAAACUGGGACGAGUUCCCGAACGGGAGGUGGGGAGAUUCUAGCGCAGCGUCUUUCGGAGAAUUGAGAGAUUAUCAUUUGGUGUUGUUGGGUACAAACGAGAGUAAAGAGGAGUUGUUGAACAUGUGGGGGCGUGAGUUGAACAGCCCUGAGGACGUGUUUGAAGUGUUUGUGUGCUAUUUGACUGGUAAAGAAAACAGACAUGGAUACAAGGUAAAGGAAAUACCAUGGAAUCAGGAUGAACUGGCAUCAGAAACAUUGCCUUUUGUUGACAAACUCGCCCAUGUCAAUAAACACGGAGUUCUUACGAUCAACAGCCAGCCAAACGUGAAUGGUGCACCUUCCACAGACCCAGUGUCAGGGUGGGGGCGUCCAGGUGGAUACGUAUUUCAGAAGGCUUAUUUGGAGUUCUUUACCAGCGAAGAAAUUGCAAUGUGCCUCUAUGAAGUUCUUCAAGACUAUCCUAUGGUUAAUUAUCACAUUGUGAACUUCUCGGGAAAGGAAGACGUGACAAACGCGAACGUAUACUCUUCCAAUGCUGUCACGUGGGGUGUGUUUCCAGGAUCAGAGAUACUUCAACCGACUGUGGUGGAUCCUAUUGCUUUUCAGUUUUGGAAGGACGAGGCGUUCGCUCUAUGGAAGCAUCAGUGGGGACAUAUUUAUUCCGAUAAAUCUCUCUCGCGUGGGAUAAUUGACACCAUUCAUGAUACGUAUUAUCUUAUAAACCUGGUUGACAAUGACUAUGUGGCUGGAAAUAUCUUAUUUGAUAUUCUGGACAUAGUGUUGAAAAAAUUAGGCAAAAUAUAAUGUACGGCAGUACACUGUUGGGAUUGCAAGAAGUGGUACGAGUUGUCAUUCUUGCCUUGUGCAGUAGUAAGAACAGGGUGUUGGGGAGUUAUUUGUCUUUUCAUGAUUGUGAUGCAAUAACAUACAAUCAUUCUUUAACUCAAAAUCUUGAAUACCUGUUGCUAACCGAGUUCGAGGUCCGUGCUCUAGGUCACGGACCGAGUCGCGUGCGGCUCAUAAAUCUCAGCGGAAUGAACGAAAUUUUAUGAGGUAAUUUGCGCAUUGAGCAGAAGCAUCGUUAUUUUUAUCUCGAUCCUACAUGGUUCUAGUCUUUGACAACUGACAUCGGAAAAUUAGAAACGAAUUAGAUAUACUAUGAGCAGUCCCUCUUUUUCAGCAAAGUCCGCCGCGCGAGUUAAAAAAAAAAUAAGCAUAGAUAAAGAAAUGAUGUUAGUGCGCCGCGCGGAACUCUGGAAGUGGGGCGCAUUUAAAGUAGCACUCCCAGAGUUCCGCGCGGUACGCCAACAUCAAUUUUUUUUCCCUCGAGAUUUUAUUUUGAGUUGCACGACGGACUUCGGCGAUAAGGAACGACCGUUCGUAGUCUGCCAAUUAAUAAAACUGGGAAAUGCUAUGUGACUUUCAUAUGAAUUUAUUUGAAUCAUUUGAAUUGAUUUUACCCGAGGAUUGUUUCAUGAAAUCAUCACGAGAAAUUUACAAAAUAUAACGUACACAAGAAGAGGGUAAAAUGCUGGACUGAUUGUAAAUAGAGUAAAUGGAAAUUAUGUUUAAAAACACCUUCACAAACAUCUAAUGUAUAUCCGGUCAUUGACAAAAUCUUUAAAAGAUGAUCAUGAACAGACGUGAAGAUUCUUGAAAUAAAGAGGUUCUAAAAAUUAUUUUGUACUGAA